AGAAAGGACUGGGACAAUGUAACGGGAUCGGAGAGGAGGCGUGUACGAGAUGAGGGUGUGAGCAAGUAAGCCUGCGUAUCAAUCAGUAGCGCUGACUCGUAGCUUGGCUGCGCCGCACUGGGCACGAUCGAUAGCACACGUCUGUUUGAAAAGCUGUGACAAGAGGGGGAAAUCGGAAUGGAAGACGCUACUAUGAAGGAGAUGGUGAAACGCUACGCGACGCCAGUGUGGAAAACCGGGAGGACUGAUUUGCCCCCCUUUUAAUACCCACCACACGUUAUUGCCGCCCUGAAGGUUCUUCUCCUUUAAAUGAAGUGUGCGCGUCCACGUGUUGAAAGGUGAGCCUCUUCGACUGCAGAGUGGCUAGCGACUAACUUUGGCUGCUGAACAGAACCUAAAUUCAUUGAAGGGGAGAGGCGUCGAAGGAAGGGCUCGGCAGAAAAACAAAAUAGGACUUUUUACUUGGCUCUGAUCCUCAAUGCUGCCAAGUUACUGUAACGAAGUGCCUUCAUUUAUUUCUUUUACUAUGUGAUACACCAAACGCCACCCGCUAUUUCUCACACUGAAGGCUUUUUCUUUCCGUGUAUAUAUAAAUAUAUUAUUUUUUUCUUCUGUUGACUUUGGACUACAGAUCCAGGGGGGAUGGGAAGAAGCUGUUAAAGACCCCGUUCCAAGCCAGCGAGGGCACUUUGGGACAAACACAUUGAAAUGCAUCCAGACGACAGCUCUUUAAGCAUUUUGUGGGGAUAUCCCCUUGUUCUGCACGGAUGUUAGACAGAAGCACAGAAGGACUGCACAAGCUAAAAGUGAAAGAGCAAAACGGACACAUCUUAUAUUUGUCAGUUUACCAAUCUGGGGUGCUUCUGCAACAAAAGGAGCCAUCGCCUUUAGGUGUGUACUGUGCUUCAUCCUCAUCUGCACACAGGAUGCCAACUUUAUAGUCUUUAUGGACUUGUUUUCCUGUCAAAGCCAUUGGCUUACAAUACAUACAUCUGUAAAAAAAAAAAACUAUUCAUAAUGGGAUAUCCUCAAUUAAUUUCAAAUAACCAACUUCUUUUUUAAAUUUAAUUUGAGAAUCAAUCCCAGACAUGUCUGUGAAUACAGUAGAUUCCAAAAAGGAGGCGGUCGUGCUUGCCUACCACCAGGCUAGCCCCCUGGUGCACCCGACCUUGGCAGCCCUGCCCCCAGAUGAGCCGGUGCAACUGACUGACUUCCCAGGGCGAGGAGUAGAUGGGCUUGAUGGGGAUCGGACAGAAAUGGUGCUCAUGGAAUCGCGGGCCAACGCAAAGGGUGUGCGGGAGGAAGAUGCGCUUUUGGAGAACGGCAGUCAGAGUAAUGAUAGUGACGAUGUCAGCACGGACCAGAGCCAGGCCCCAGCGGCGCCGCUCAAGGAGACCUCUUUUUCCAUUGGACUACAAGUACUUUUCCCUUUCUUGCUGGCAGGAUUUGGGACAGUAGCUGCUGGAAUGGUGCUGGACGUUGUGCAGCACUGGACUGUCUUUACCGAAGUAACAGAGGUCUUCAUCUUGGUACCAGCACUGUUGGGACUGAAGGGGAAUCUGGAAAUGACGUUAGCGUCACGGCUGUCGACGGCAGCUAAUAUUGGACAGAUGGAUACCCCAAAGGAGUUGUGGCAUAUGAUAAUUGGGAACCUGGCUCUCAUACAGGUCCAAGCCACAGUAGUUGGCUUCCUUGCCUCGAUUGCAGCAGUCAUAUUUGGCUGGAUCCCAGAGGGACGCUUUAAAUUUGGCCAUGCGCUUCUACUCUGUGCAAGCAGUGUGGCCACAGCUUUCAUAGCUUCUCUUCUGCUGGGAAUGAUAAUGAUUGGAGUCAUUAUUGGAUCAAGGAAGAUUGGUAUAAACCCCGACAAUGUGGCGACACCAAUUGCUGCCAGCCUUGGAGACCUGAUUACUCUGGCGCUGCUGUCAGGCAUCAGCUGGGGUCUCUACAAAGAACUACAAGCCAAUGACUAUGUGAAUCCACUGGUGUGCACCUUCUUUGUGGCCCUGACCCCACUCUGGAUUAUCAUUGCCCGCCGCAACCCUUCCACAAGAGAGGUGUUAUACUCUGGUUGGGAGCCUGUCAUUAUUGCCAUGGCCAUCAGCAGCAUUGGUGGGCUCAUUUUAGAUAAGACUGUAUCAGAUCCUAACUUUGCUGGGAUGGCUGUUUUCACCCCUGUCAUCAAUGGUGUUGGUGGAAAUCUUGUAGCUGUGCAGGCCAGCCGCAUCUCAACCUACCUCCACAUGUGCCGGCUUCCAGGUAUUGAAACAGAGGUUCCUAAAACCUCGUGUCCCACACCCUGGAGUACCUUUUUUGGAUCAAAUGUGAACUCACGAUCGGCCCGUGUUUUGUUUCUUCUUGUUGUGCCUGGCCACCUGGUCUUCCUGUAUACUAUCAACUCAAUGCAGGGUGGCCAUACAACAUUAACAUCCAUCUUCAUUGCCUUCUACAUGACUGCUGCUCUCUUGCAGGUCUUGAUCCUGCUUUACAUUGCAGACUGGAUGGUCCAUUGGAUGUGGGGACGUGGAAUGGACCCAGACAACUUCUCAAUUCCUUACUUGACUGCCCUCGGGGACCUGUUGGGGACUGGAUUCCUGGCUCUGAGUUUCCAUAUCCUGUGGCUCAUUGGAGACCGAGACGCAGACGUGGGUGACUAGACCUCACCUUGUCCCUUUUAUUCAUGGACUUGCUUUUUUUAAUUUAUUCCUUUUUGUGAAUAUAUUACUGCUCAUUAUUUUUCAAUGGGGAUUAUUUUCAUUGAAUGAUUAAUUGGUGCCAAUUCAUAUUGGCAAAAGUGAACUAAAAUAUGAUCACGGUGAAGACUGUAGUAAUUGAUUGGUAAUUCUGUUUGACUUUUCUGUCAAAUUAUGAUGGACAAUAAUGGGGAAGUUAGUACUGGGCAGGAUCCCCUGAGCCACUGAGGGUGGGGGGUCCACACAAAUAACACAAGUGUGUCAGAGCACAGAAAGUCUACUUUAUCCAAUAAAACAGGGAGCUUUGAGAAUCAGAUGCAGAUAGAUUAGCUUAACUUAAAACAGUUUUUGACGCUGCUCCACCCUACCAGGUUCUUGUGUUUCCUGUUUUGCUUUGUAUUGCACAGAUUUCUUGAAGGUUUAUUAAAAUGUCUCUUUUUGCAGUAAUUUUAAAAGCAUAACUCUUCCAGGAUGAGGGUGGCACAGUGUAGUACUUGGUUAUAACUGGAGUCAUCUAGGAUCAUUUUACAGCCGGUAUGAUACCUGCACAUUUGCAGUGGGUCUAUACAAAUAGCUUGUUCCUUUAUCCCAGAUGCUGUAUGUGAAGUUUAAACUGAUUUGCAUCUGUAAAUUGACUCAUUGUGGACGUGUGUUUGUGUAAGCCAUGUGAUGGAUUGGUAUCCCAUCCAGGGUUGCUUCUGCCUUAUAUCCAAAGCUGUCAGUUUAUGCUCGAGAAAAUUGAUUGGAUGCUUUGGUGUCCAUCAGGUUAGCUCUAGACUUUAUUCAUUCACUGUUCAUUUUCUGAGAGAAUAUUUAGUUGUUCUAUGGUUUUAUCUAACUGCCACCCUGUCAAGAGGUAUUUACUGCCCUUUGCCUGAUGCUGCUAGAAGACUCUUUAACAUCCAGUGGACCUGAAACUUCAUCAGCAAUGAUGGAUGGAUGGAUUUCUCAUCAUGGUGAUGUUUAUCUUUGCUAAUGGCAGAUAAAUGGGAACUUUAAAAGUCGUGAAAUAAGUGAGAGGAGCCUAUCAGUAGUUAGUUUACCUUGCAGGAAAUAAUGUUUUUUUAGGAAGUGACCAGGUAAUGCCCAAAAGCAAAGUCUUGGUAAUUCAAGGUGCUGGCAUCUUUUAUUGUGCACAGCUAUAGCGUGGCUAUUAGUCAACAUUACAGCAAAGAAGGUCCAUAUUCGGGCAGAGUAUUGACUAAAAGCUGUACCUGCUGUGGUUCUUUUUAUCAUUCAUCCUCACAUUUUCCUCUUUGAGAAAUCUGUGGUUAAAGCUGACUAAUUUAGAUCUUAAUUUCCCUUUACCUGUGAAGAAAAUGCAUAUUGCGUUGUUCAGGGGAGAAAAAUCUGGCUUUUUCAACUGCCAGUAAGAAGCAGUAAGAAGAUCUGUUUUCAUACUGUAUGUGGCGGUGUCAGACAUUGGCAGGAUAAAAGUUAACUCUCACAAAAUAAGAUAGAACUAAUCUUUCUUGUUUGUGUUCAUGUUUGUUUCACAAAGAUAUGCAAUAGUCUGAAACCCACAAAAUAAUACAUAUAUGAGGAAAGCAAAAAAAAAUGUUGGGACCACCUCCCAGUCUUACUGUCACCAUCCCAGUACCCUCUUAUGCCAGUAAGGAUCAUUAUGGAACAGUCAUUUUGACAAGAUAGUUUCUCUUUCCAGCUAUUUUUAUUAUGGCACAGAUUCAGAGUGACUGCUGAGAUAUUAACCUUUAGCCUCUUCAACAUGGGCAUUGUGAGAGUGCCAGUUAAGGAACCCAUUAGGAACCCUGUUAAUGCCAUUUCUUUCAUCUGGUGUUUACACAGUUCCUAAAUCAGGCUUCUCAUUUCUGUUCUUAGACUGUUGAGCACUAACAAUCAGUGAGAAAAAAAAAAUCUGAUUUUUUUUGUCUUAGUUAAGCAUUUCAUAUGUUUUUUUUUUUUUCCCGAAGCAAAAACUUGUGAGUUUGCACGAUUUCCCAACAAAUUAAUUCGCCUUCAUUUUAUGUUCCAUAAAACAUCUCAAAAUAUUUAAUGCAUGUUGUGAAAGAAAUGGUUAUUGACUUCUUCAUACAUGCCUGUCUGAUCUCACUACAGGCCACCAUGGUUUAAUCUGAUGACAUUUUCUUCAAUUGUUAAUUAUUUUCAGAUAGCUGAAUACUAAGGUGUUGGAAUGAUGAAGCUGUUUGUUAAUGGAAAUGUUUGGAUUCAAUCCAUGACAGCUGCACAUGUAUAUGUUUUUCAGAUUUGUGACAAAUCUUGUUACUUUUUAUUGAUACCGUGAAAGAGUAGUGAUUUUUUCAUCUAUUGCUUUAUUCAAGAUGAAAUGAAAUAUCACCCAACAAAAAUAUCUGGAAAGAGUACUGUCCAAAAAUGUACAGACUCAUUUCAGAGGUAUUUUAAGAUUUUUUUUAAUGUUUGCUCAGUGAGAAUGUAUUUUAAUUUUUCCCAAUCAUGUUAAUUGUAUUUAUCAAAUUUAUUAUUCUUAUUUUUUGCUUGCCACAGCGCCAUCUGCUGUUUUUUUUUUUAAUGGAAGUAUUACAAACCUUACUUUUCUUUGUAUACAAAUUCUAUUCUGCUGGUUAAAUAGUAUGCAUAAUAUGUGCCAAAAUUAAAACGUAAAGCAAACAAAUAAUAAUUACUGCAUAAAUAAAUAAAUCAACAGAUAAAUUUUGAAUGAAGUAAAUCUCAUAUAAUAAUUUAAAAAUGCAUUAUAAAUAAAUUUACAGUACAAAUAUAUAAAAUAAUAUAUAUAAUUGUCACUUAUUUCAAUUAUGAUAUUUAUUAAGCAGUACAGUUUAGUUUUCUAUUUUUCCCUAAAUUAACUUUAUGAGUUAAAGUGCCAGUCCAGGCGCUGUCUUUGUGGAAUUCUUCCCAAGCCUGUGUCCCUCUCUAGUUUUCUUCCCACGACCCGAAGAUCAAUAGGAACUUAGAACUGGCCCUACUGGAGAGUCUGUACCCUGCAAUGACUGGCACCCCACUGAGAAUCGGUUCCCACCUUGCUUUCAUCACAGGUAUGAGCUUCCACUGACUCUCAAACAGAUAAGCAGGUUACAGAAUGUAUGGAUUGAUGUAUGGGAGAUUUAUUCAUUUAUUUAUUUUUAACUUUGGCACAAAUUAUGUGAGAAUUCCAAGAAUUGUGUAGCUCCUGAUUGUUUUUGUCAUGGCUUUAUUUUUAAAUCUGUCAUCUGCUAUGCCAUACAUGUUUGGGGUAACUGUAAGUUGUGAGAAUUGUAGUAUAUUUCUUGCACUUUUUGUACAGGUAUUAUAUCUAGUUAUGAAUGCAAUUCUUGGCUUCUUAACUGUAUAGCUUUUAUCUAAGAGCCAGAGAAAAAUGGUGGAUAAUAUAUAUUUUUGAAGAGUAAUGAGUAAAAUAUACAUUUAUAUUUAUUCUAUGAAUGACGGGUUUGUAUUGUUACCUAUCCUAGUUGUCUCUUGUGUAAAUCAAACUUGCAUCAUUAAUGUCACCAAUUUUCUCAAAAAGUGUCACACAGACCCUUUCUAACAAGACCACCUUAAUCCUUUGUAUUCAUUAAAUCAAGUAAUUAGAUUUUUUGUUGCAAGACUAUCCAUUUAAUCUGUCAGUUUUAAACGAUGAUAGUUUGAAAGUAUUACAUCCUACUAAGGCUGUCUGCCAGUGGUCAGAUCAGGUUGGGGUUACAGCCACACUGGUCAGCACUGUAGCGACCUCCACCCUGUGCCUCUGUGCCAGUUUUCUCUCCAGUCUAAGGUUUACAUUUUUAUUUAUUAGUUACCUGAUGUUUUUAUUCAUAUCAGUAUACCAACCUGAUUUUCAGAAUAGUGCACAGACUUUAUUUUCUGAGCUUGGCACAAUGGAAAAUAUUUUGUUGUGUUAGGGUCAUAGGGUGACCCUGUUCUCCCCUUUUAUAUACUUUAUGAUAUGGACCCUAAUAAAAUGUCUCAAAUUCCAUACUUUUCUCAUACUGUAGUUCACCACUCCCUCUUUCUUUUACAUCUGUAACCCCAGGCAAUUUAACCGAGUACCAGAAAAGGCAGAGAGAAGAAGUUAUACAUUUAUUUAUGUAAUAUUGAUAAUAUGCACAAAAUAAUAAACAGUGCAAAUGUGACCAUUGAGAAAACUAACACAACCGGAUAGUAAGCUACCAGGCACUUCAUGGUCUUAUUGAUUAGUCUUUGGUUUGGCCUGGUUCAACGUGGUCCUUGAUCCAGUAAGGCCUUUGAAUAUUGCUGCCAAAAGAGGUGGUCCUCUCCUCCAUGGAUGGGAAAUGGCAGGGAGACUGAGCUACGUUGUUGCCUCUCUUUAUUUCCCUUAAUGUACCUCCUGGACCAAACUGACUCCCUACUUCAUACCAGUCUUAUUCAGCCACAGCACCAUUGUUGAUUCUAGCUCUUAUUCUGGUUAUGGCCUGUCCCCAGGCUAGCUGGCUUGGCCAGUAAAUUCUUGCUUUGGAAAUUCAGCUUGCAAAGUUCAUAUCUGAUAAAUGUAUUUAUUUAAACAUAAAAGCAUAAAGACAGUUUUACAAAUGAAGACAAUCUGCAAAACAUAAACAAAAAUACUUAUUAUGCUAGAUGUUAUCAUUUUUUAUCUCCACCGCAGAAGGCCAACUGACUUGGUCAUGGUCACAUUGAGCCAGUUGUAGGGAUUAAACAGUCCAUCGUCUCAGCCACCACGCCACAUUACCUAUUCCUGGGAUGUGGGAUCAGCAAAGAUCUUCAGAGUGCAGAUAAAUCUGAAUUAUUGACAGUAUAACCCACAUCCCCCACAUUGCAUUUUCAUUUUUUUUUAUGGAAUUCCAAUUUUUCUUUUUUGUUAUCUAUUGUGUUUGGAUAGGCUUAGAAGUAUUUUGUUGGACAGAUGGAAAAAUAACAAGUGGCAAACAUCAACAAAGGUCUUCCUUUUAGCGCUUGCCAGAAGAACAGUCAAAGACUUGGACUUCAUCCCAAAUCCCCGCUGCAGCUUCAUACGAGUAAAUUCAUCAGGCGUAUCAUGGCGAUUCGGUCAUAUAGUACUGCAUGCAUCAGCAAUCAUCGUUAAACAAGUUCAAAGGCAAACCCACCUAACAACAUAAAUUGUAAACCAGAAUCAAAGCUAUAAUAGACUUGUUGCUUCAACACAAGUCUCUCUCACUAAGUGAGUAACAUGGUCCCCGUGUUGUCAUAAGUCAUUUUGCAUAUGUAUUCCAUGCCUAGCAGUCUUACCGCUUGCUGCUAAUCCAAAAUGGUGGCACCCAUAAAACAUAGAAGCACACAAUGGUGUCUUCCGUGAGAACAAAUCCAAUAAAUGGCGACAUAAUGAUGUCACCAGAAUAACCAUAAAGAUAUGAACAAACAGUAAAUAGAGUAAAAAAAAAAUUAAUCAUAACAAACGUAAUGAAUAAAUAAUUUAAAUACUUUUGACUGUAUUGUUUUGCUUUUUACAAAUACCGACCAUUAUCUCUAACUACACCUAACUUCCUUCAUGGAUCCCAAACUGCAAUCAUACCAUGCACUCUCUUCCCAAGACUCGACCUCCAAAGCCAGAGGAGAUCAUCUUCAAGUAAAUCUAUGUGAAUCUCCUUAAUUCCACAGAAAAGCAUGCCUGAAAUUCUCACAUGGAAUGUUUUUGUUGUUAAGAGUGUGCUGUUAGCCAGUAUCAACUGAGCAUAGGAACACAUUUAGCAUCUUUAGUUUUCCUUUGAUAUUUUUGCAGCUAACAGACCAGAAAAAACAUUUGGCAAGUGAAAAAUCUGAAAAAUGAUAGCAGGAUGCAGAAUUUAUUUAUUUUCAGUGGUGAUGUGCAAAGGAGUACACGAGGAGCAGUCUGCAUUAAACUAGGAGUGUGGACUACACCUUCAGGGUGUUGAUUACCAAGGUUCUCUUUGGUACCUCAUUUUUAUUUUUAUGGUUAAUAUCCCAUUAUUCAAAGCUGCCAGUCCCUCCAAAAUUACUGAGCUUCCUUUUUUUCCUGUUUGUAUGUUUUAUUUUUGCAGCCUAACUUGUAAUCACUAACCGCUGCUAGGAAGGGCUUGAUGGGAAGGUGUCGUCAUGACAACUGUGUUUUCCUUUUACAAGAGUGAUGCAAGUGGCAGAGUUCAUCUCUCUGUUGGGGAUACACACUAGAAAUAUGAGAAAGCACACCUGGAAGAGCUGUUCUCAUUUUCUUGUCAUUUUCUUUUAAAUUUUACCUGCCAGUGCUGUAAAAGAACAGAAAGGCGAGGGCUGCUGUGCAAGUGCUAGAACUCUUCUGUUUGCACAUUGAAAGGCAUGCAUUUCUGAGUUGGCAUGCUCCCUUGAUUGUCUGCACCAAUGUGCCAUUAGUUCCAAACAUUUACUGUACCUACUGUAUUUAUAAAUGAUCUGCAUAAUAAAAAAAGAUUGAUAUUUCUUA